ACUUACAACUUACGACACACACAUAUGACCAAGUGACUCGCUGGCUCUCAGUGCCAAGUUACGGAGAGAUCCUCUUUUUUUGACUUGAAAACACAAGGUUUCAACGCAGUGUGCUUCUCUCUAAUAUUUCAACAUGGAGUUCCGGCAAGUAUAGAGUUCCCGAAGGUGUAGUGACAGCGGAUGACUGACCACUCUGUUUACUGCAGAAUGUGACCGGCCGUCGUACUCUGAAAAGACACUAACGUGACUGACGUUAGUGUCUCGUCAGUGAAUGUCGCGAGAAUCCAAGACGAUUAUCGAGACGGAAGACGACGGUACGGGUCAGUAGCGUCCGAGUACUCGACCUGACAAUGUUGUUCCUCCUGCAGACUGUGGCUUUGGUGCUCUUGGUGGCGGCUUCGGCGGCGUGGGCGGCUCCCCAGGGCGCCUACAACUACCAGGAACCCCAGUAUCCUGACGCUCCCGCUCAAUACACCUUCCAGUGGGACGUCAAAGACGAUUAUUCCGGCAACUUCUACGGUCACCAGGAGCACAGGGACGGAGAUGACACCAAGGGCAGUUACUACGUCCGGCUUCCGGACACCCGGCUCAUGAGAGUGGACUACUACGUCGACGCCUACGGCUUCCAUCCCACCGUCACCUUCGAAGGCGAGGCUCAGUACCCUACCGCUCCUAGCCAAGGGUAUGGCAAGCCGGCGCCACCUCCUUCGGAGUUCUACGCCCAACCUGGAAAAUAGGCGUUCAUUCUAGCGCGUUCACAUUUACCUACUUUGUGUGUACAGUAUUGUUUUUCUUUUACAUUGUGUUUUCGCUCUUUCUCUCUCUCUCGAUCGUUAUAUCUCCUGUGUUAAGGGAGAAUUUAAUAUGUUGAGGCCGUGAGAGGUUCCCCGCAGGAGCUUAGCUGAUGACGAUGCCUAAGAGCUUCUUUUGCUUCUCCUCCUCCUCCUGUAGGAGUCUGUAGGACUCGCCUCCCUCGCCCACAUGGUCUCGCUUAUUUCAGCUGCUUCAUGUUGUGUUCUCCUGCAUGUGUUCAUCAAGCCGCCUUCGUGUUGUGUUCUGCUUGUGUUCAUCAAGCCACCUUCGUGUGAGUAAGCUUGACUGCCUCUCACAGCUGAGCCAGUCUCCACGCCAAGCUUAUUAUGAGUGCAUGAGAAAUUAAUGUAUUUUUUAUACCGAGAAUUUAUGAUUAUAAAAUAAAAAUAUUUUAUAAA